AUGUGGAUCCCUGGAUCAGAAGACAGAGAAGAGCCACCUGCCCCUCUAGCUACAGACAGCUUGGAUUUGCACUUGCGAGAGAGACAACUCUGCUACUUGUGUAAGCCUCACUUAACUUUGGUCUCUGUUGAAACGAUCAGAAGACAGAGAAGAGCCACCUGCCCCUCUAGCUACAGACAGCUUGGAUUUGCACUUGAAGAAGAACUAAGGAAAAGUGGGGAAGCCAAAUAUGCUCACUUGAGUGAUGAACUUCACGUAUUAAUUGAAGUGUUUGCUCCACCUGGGGAAGCUUAUUCACGUAUGAGUCAUGCGUUGGAAGAGAUUAAAAAAUUCCUGGUUCCUGACUACAAUGAUGAAAUUCGUCAGGAACAACUACGUGAAUUAUCUUACUUAAAUGGCUCAGAGGACUCUGGUCGUGGCAGAGGUAUUAGAGGCAGAGGGAUCAGAGUAGCUCCCACAGCUCCUUCAAGGGGCCGUGGGGGUGCCAUUCCUCCUCCCCCACCACCUGGACGAGGUGUUCUCACCCCCCGAGGGACUACUGUGACUCGUGGAGCUCUUCCUGUGCCCCCUGUAGCAAGAGGGGUCCCUACCCCUCGAGCUCGGGGGGCACCAGCAGUGCCAGGAUACAGGGCGCCCCCUCCUCCAGCUCACGAGGCUUAUGAAGAAUAU